AUGAGAAUGAUGAUGUUGCAUCCGAAUCUCCUGCUUCUGUGGCUUGUCCCUAUCGCAACUGCGAAGAAUAUGUUCUCUUGCAUCCCUCAGAUUGAACCUGCGAUGUGCACUCGUAUAGCAACGGGCAAUUCGCUUCUUACAUGUCAGGUUUUAUGCGACGAGGGCAGCGACCUCCUCCAGGAGACUAAUGGCCUCGGAGCGGCCGCGACCGCAUUUGGUAGCUUUUUGAAGCUCAUAUCUGCAAAUUCCGAGUGUAACAGCUAUUACAGUGGCCACGGUCGCUCCUGCCCCCGUUACCACAACGGUCGACGUGACAGAUACGAUGACGAUGACCGUGUACCUCUGAGCCGACUCAUACUAAUUAUCUCACCGACGAGGAUGAUGAUGGAUGCGUCGCAGACCCCAUUGCAGACAUUUUUGAUGCAUGGCAAACCGCAGAAAUCCCCUUCGCCUGCAACUGCGUCAAUCCUACUUCCAGCACCUCCGACAUCCGGAGGAGAGUGA